UGCUGCUACUGCUGCAAGCAGCAAGCCCCUGCUGCUACUGCUGCAAGCAGCAAGCCCCUGCUGCUACUGCUGCAGCUGCUCGCGCACUGCGUUUGAGUCCUCGCCCCGCAUCGUCGCGCUCCCGCAACCCAAGGCGCCAUGGCUGCAGAUAUGGACAAAGAAACCAAGUCACUGGCAAAGCUCUCCCUGCAGAUUGGUUUGGACAAGGUGAGCCUGCCCUUCAAGCUGUACUGCUUGACGGUGAUGACCCUGGUGGCCGCCGCGUACAUCGUGGGCCUGCGCUACACGCGCACCACCACGGGAGACAUGUACUUUGCCACGACCGCAGUGUGCCUCACCGAGGUGGCGAAGCUCAUCGUCAGCUUCGCCAUGCUCACCAGGGAGACGGGCAGCGUGCGGGGUAUGGCCAAGUCCGUCUGGGAGGACGUGAUCGUGAACCGCAAGGAGACCCUAAAGCUCGCCAUCCCGUCGCUGGUGUACGCGCUGCAGAACAACAUGGGCUACGUGGCACUCAGCAACCUCGAUGCGGCCGUUUACCAGGUGACGUACCAGCUGAAGAUCCCGUGCACAGCGCUCUGCACCGUGCUCAUGCUGGGUCGUUCACUCAGCCGCCUGCAGUGGUUCUCCGUGUUCGUGCUGUGCGGCGGGGUCACCCUGGUGCAGUGGACGCCGGCUGAGUCAACCAAGGUCAUGGUGGAGCAAAAUCCUUUUCUGGGGUUCAUGGCCAUCGCCGUUGCGGUCGUGUGCUCGGGGUUUGCUGGCGUGUACUUUGAGCGGGUGCUCAAGAGCUCCAACACGUCGCUGUGGGUGCGCAACAUCCAGAUGUACCUGUGGGGCAUCCUCGUCACCUUCCUGGGCGUGGUGACCAACGACGGCAGCGCCGUGAUGGAGAAGGGCUUCCUGCACGGCUACACGCCCAUGGUGUGGUUCGUCAUAUUCCUCGCCAGCGUGGGUGGCCUCUACACCUCGGUGGUCGUGAAGUACACGGACAACAUCAUGAAGGGCUUCUCGGCUGCUGCUGCCAUCGUGCUUUCCACAGUGGCUUCAAUGCACCUUUUCGGCCUACAAGUCGGCCUUUUGUUCAUGGUGGGCACGUUCCUGGUGUGCCUCUCCAUCUACAUGUACGGCUUGCCGCGCACCGACACCACCAAGCUGACGCCGCCCCCUGGGAGCGAAGCGGAGCACAGGAAGCCGAGCACUUCCAUCUGAGACGAACCACCGUCUCCCGCCACUGCCACUACCGCCACCGCUGCCCAUCAGUCACGCCCGUAAAGACACAAACAGAAUCUACGUGGAUUGGGAAAUGUCCGACGCGUGUUCCAAUAUCCCCACUGCAGCUCGGCAUUGGAGACUUUUCUCGAUAAGGGUCUUUGUCGACACUCCGUCGUGGCACCGGGGGCAGUAUUUCAAGGGAUAUUUCUGCCCCCCCCCCCUCCCACCCACCUAACUUGUGUUUUGGACCACGCGGCUAAAGGUGAAUUCGUGAUGAUGCUGAAAUAGCGGCGUAAGUGGUCAAAUAACGAUGCGUGGACUCGCUUGCGAUGAAGUAAAACUCUUGCCGUGUUCGACCGCAAGCCGAAGCUCGGUUCAGUGCGGUUCUGUUUUGCGGCCUUGGUGAGUAACACGAGUACGGGCCGCCACCCGGGCUAGUAAUGUACGCUUCUGUAGCGGCUCGCUCAGCCCUCUGUGUGUCUGUACGUAAUCGUGAGUCAUGCGCUGCGACGAAGUGGUGUCCGUGGGAAAACUUUUAAUCGUAAAGUUGUCGGUCGUCUGGGAGAAACGUUGAUUGUGGGGAUAAGUCUAAAAAGUGCAGGUACUGUUUCACUCAUUUGAUUUGUAAGCCUCAUCACAAGGUAAUUUCUAUGUAAACACUGGAUCACUUGGGUCAGUAACUGGUCAAGAUUUUAAAGUCAUCAUACGUAAAGGUUGGUUUUUAUUUGUUUUUUUUUAUUUCCCAUUGGCGUGUGAAGUGUAAACUUUGUAUAGUCAGGGUGGCCGGGUGUGUUGAAGGUCAACGCUGAACCAGACCUUGCUGAUAUCCCUCGGUGAAAAUAUAAUCAGUCACCCGUGGUGAGACCGGGUUCUCAAGCACAGCGGUCAUCAAUGAGUACACAACAAAAAUACACGUUUGGCUUUGCACUUUGCUUCAUUGCAUCUUGGAGAGUUAAAUAGAUGGUGUUUUACUGUCGUGAUAACCUCACUGUAGAGUGUGUGGAAAAGUGACCCGUACUGGGUCAUGGAUAACAGAGGCCACUCGGAAAGAUUGGUUUGUGAGAGAUCCUGUAAAAAAAAUCUCCACAGUCAUACCUCAGAGAGACCGCUUAUGCUGAUGUGCAAUUGUGCCCAAAAGCACAAUUAGAAUUAGUGUAUCGGUAAAAGGAAAACAACAACUAAAAGCAGUAGAUUUACAAAUGUUGAUCUGUUUAGGCAACUGAACUUUUAAUAUUAAUUAUUUUAAAAUGUUAUUCUGAUUUAACAAAAUAAAAACACUACCUAGCUUUAUCAUCAUCAUUCUUACAAUGCUUGUUUACUCCGGGAGGCUGCACUUUGCCCAACACUCUUUUUUUUCCAAGAGGGUCCCUGCCAAUUUUUCAAAGACGGCGGGGGUUGCUGCUACGUGUUGUCACAGUUGAGUAAUUAAAGCAGGUAAAUUGUUAAGUGUGAGAAAGUUUGGCCAGUUACAUUGUGAGUUUCUUUCUCUCAUAAAAGAUCACGCACUCUUGGGGGUUUUACACAAGCGUGGUCCACCGUGAUUUAUACACCUCCACUCCUGCAGGCGUUUCACGCUGUGCGCCGGGUAUUUUGGGUUUGCGUCGCUGGAUUGCGUUUUAUUCAUGGCAGAACUAGGCACUGAACCUUGACCUGUGGCCAGUUUCAUACAAUUCAGAAUGUGAGAUUUCACCGUUACACUAAAUUUACAUUGCAAAAAAACGGACUAAAUGUCACUCGUGACAUAUCAUGUAACCAACUACAGGGUGCAACUACUGUUUGGCAUGCGAGUCCAGACACCGCUAAAAAACGUUAAAUAUCAAGAGGUAGCCACAAUGUUGGACAAGAAUGGUAUUUUUGAUUGGUCCACAUUCAAGGUGUUGACUACGGCACUUAUUUUUUUUAACGCAGAGCAGCUCAUGAACAAUGAGGCUCGGUGUCAAGUCAGUAGCCGGUAGUUGCGUAUAUUUAAUAUCAUGGUGCAGGAGCGCUCUCAUGCAUAGCGGGGUGAGGAGUGGUGGGUUGUGGUACACAUCACGGACCCUGUCUGUAAUCUAACCAAUAACCACAGGGAACCAUUCCCUAGUAGGACACCUCCAACUUCUAUAGUGUGGCCGCACCCGACGGAGGCCUCAUUAACGGGCUCCUGGGCUCUAGGUUGAUGAGGCUGACGUGGUUCGCUCCACACACGCUACACCACACAGACGGUCCGAGUUCAGUUUUAGAGAAACAAAAAAAUCCAACGUCAUUUUGAGUCGUUCAGUAUCCCUCCUGAAACGCCAAUUCGGCGCACAGAAAUUACCUCUUGAUUUAUAGACAAACACUUUUAAACAAACUUUGACGGGGUGGUAUUUGGAUAAUCCUGUGUGCAAUGCUUUUAUUAAAAGUUAUUUUUGGAUUGUAUUGCAGUUCUCUCUGCUGGACAGGCGUACAAAAAGCAUUUCAAGAAUGGCUAAUGUAAGGGUAAUCCUUGUUUGAAAUACGACUACGUUUGUUGGCCUAAUAGAUUGUAGAUUGAUCCACUUUUAAAGGUUUAUUACUGUGGUGUACUUGUAGAUUAAGGUGGACAUAUAACCCCCGUGAUGUGCACAAAGCUUUGGUCAAUUAAUUUUGCUUUUCAUUGCAGCAAGCCUAGCAUGGAAAAUCCCACAUAAACAACUGAACCAUGCCUUUUGCACUCGUGUUGGGCGUGUGUCAAAUAAUUGCAUCCAAUUGACCAAUUCCAAAGCAUAAACAUCGCGAGACCCGCAAAAAAUACCGUAUUUAUAUCUAGAUGCUGAUUUAUAGGGGCUUUUUGUAAAGUGUGCGCACUUUACGAUGUCAUGUGGAGUGGGUGUUGGUCGGAAAGCAUCUGGGGGAAGUGAUUAAAAGGUGGUUUUGGAAUUCGUUUUUUUAAAGUUAUUUUAUUGUGUUGGUGAAUCCUGUGUACGCUCAUAUUUAAUCAGUCGGUUGAUUCUACAGCUCACAAAAACUGGUGCUUGGUAAAACAACCAUGCGAUUUUUUUUUUUUUACAGCUUGAACCGUGCAUGGAACUUAACGGAACUAGCGUUAAAACUGGCACAGGACGAUCGAUUGUAGCUUAGGAAUAUACAGUCCGUAACAAAAACAAAGAACCGGUAUUGACACAAUCCGCUGCCGCACGAAAGAUCACCCCAGUUGCCGCCAUCCGUCACGCUCCCAAGGUGCAACGCUCCAGCAACCUGCGCGCACGCUCCAAUGCCAUCGCUCCGUCUCUGCACUGGAUGCCCUCGUGGGUGCCGAGGUGGAGCGAUGGAAUGGGCCCCGCGUGCAAGGAUGCUCGUUGCAUUUACUGCAUCGCAGGGGUUGUUGUUGUUGGUGGGAUAGCGUCGGUGUCGGGAAGCUUUCAUCCAGCAGUGGAUGGACCACAGCAGAUGAGUAGCCUCGGCUUCCUUGCUCGGCAGACCAGCACACUUGAUGACUUGACCAACGAUAAUUAAACAAUGCUGUAUACAA